GAGCCUGUGAGUGUUAUGGGGUGGGAAAGGUUCAUAUGUGCGUUUCGGUGGAUUAAUGUUGAGCAGCAGGACAAAGAUACGCCUGGGAUGAUCUGUGAGGCCUAGCUAACACUACAUCAGCUGUCAUACUGUGUCAAGAUGAGUACAACCUUAACGAGACUCGUGGUUAACUGCUGCAUUCAUUAAAAGUCUUUAAAAACUUAUUUACAGCUAAAGCAACCAAGUUAUAAACAGAGCUGAGACUUUGCAUCAUGGAUGUGGUGUCACCAGAGCUCAACAGCCUCCUUCCUGAUGAAAUCAUGGACACAGAGGCCAUCGAGGAGUCCCAACCUGACGACACCACGGCCAAGCCGGAGUCCAGCGAUGACACGUCCGUCCCGAUGGAGACGGACACACCCGUGGCUUCUUCGGAAAAUCUCAGCCUCUGUCCGGAUUCUUCUUCAACAGAGCACACACAAGCUCUGACCACCUCCAUCGCCACAGACUCUACCUUCAGCAUCAGCUCCAGCAGCCAGCUUCCCGUCUCGAUAUCCAGCACAUCCUCUCCUCUUCUUACACUCAAACCAGCCAUGGCUACUUCCACAGCCACCACAAAAACCACAGACAGUGUGACCGGGACUAGUGUCACUACAAGUGGGUUACAGAAACUCACUGCUCCGUUCACCAUCUCUGCAGCAAACCACCAGAUCAUUCUCAACAAGGUGGCUUCGGCUCAGGCCUCAGAAGCUGCAAAGGCUGCAGGUACGCAGCCGCAGAUCAUCAAGCAGGAGGGUCAGAAACUUUUGGUCACAGCGAUAGGAAAAUCUGGACAGCCUAUAGUGCUGCAGUUACCCCACACAGGAAGCAAACCUGGGGUUUCACAGGCUGCAGGGGACGCUAAAUCAGCAGGCCCUCAGUUUAAAGUUGUGACGAUCGGUGGGAGGUCGGAGCUGAAGCCCAUGGUGGGGAGUGCAGGCAACCAGGUGACAACGUUACAGGCUCAACAGCUCAAGACUGUACAGAUUGCCAAGAAAACACCAACAUCCUCCGCUGCACCGAUCAAGUUUAUCAUCACAAAAACUGUCAACAGCAAAGGUCUGAGUCCUCAGACGUCAGUUUCUCCUGUUAUUGCAGGUCGCGUUCUUACUCAGACUUCUCCAGUGCUGCCCACCAGGACUAUAACUCUCUCUGAGUCCCACAGCACGAGUAUACAAAGUAUCGCUGGCAAAAAGAUCGCCAUUUCACCUCUAAAGACUCCAAGCAAGGUGACUGUGGUGUCUGUGGCUUCCCCGACCUCAAACGCAUCCCAGAAGUCUGUGACUCUUCCUGUCAAUGUAGCACUUGGCCAGCAGAUCCUCACAGUCCAGCAGUCCACGUCUGCAUCUCCAGUCAAGGUGGCCACCACUCAGACCACGACGCAGAACAUUAAACCGGUCCAGUCCGUGGCUGUGGGCGGAGUAAGCGGCUCCCAGUUUAAGACCAUCAUCCCUCUGGCCACCCAGCCCAACGUGCAGCAAAUCCAGGUUCCAGGAAGCAGGUUUCACUACGUCCGUCUCGUCACUGCGACCACGGCGAGCAGCACGGGACAGCCCAGCGGCCCCAGCACCAGCUCCAUACAAACAGCUAAACCCAUGGUGGUCAGCACAGGAGCCGUCCGGAUGUCUGUCCCCAUCGUUCCAGCUCAGACCAUCAAACAGGUGGCUCCUAAGCCCAUGACAUCAGCAUCAGUUGUCACCACCACUCAGACCCAGCAGCGCCUCAUCAUGCCCGCCACCCCUCUGCCCCAAAUUCAGCCCAACUUCACCAACCUCCCACCUGGCACGGUGCUGGCUCCAGCUCCAGGAGGCGGGAACAUGGGCUACGCAGUCGUGCCAGCACAAUACGUCACACAGAUCCAGCAGUCCCCAUUUGUGACUCUUGCUAGCAGCUCAGGCUUUGCUGCGAGUACAGGAGUUCAGACUCAGGCCAAGCUGCCUCUCAACGGCUUGUCAACAGCAGAAGCGACCUCAAGACCAAGAAAACCGUGCAACUGCACCAAGUCACAGUGUCUCAAACUAUACUGUGACUGCUUUGCUAACGGAGAGUUCUGCAACAACUGUAACUGCAAUAACUGCUUCAACAACCUGGAGCAUGAAACUGAGCGUCUCAAAGCUAUCAAGACAUGUCUGGAUCGGAACCCAGAAGCCUUUAAACCUAAAAUAGGUAAAGGCAAAGAGGGGGAGUCAGACCGGCGACACAGCAAAGGCUGCAACUGCAAACGGUCCGGCUGCCUAAAGAACUACUGCGAGUGCUAUGAGGCAAAGAUCAUGUGCUCUUCAAUCUGUAAGUGCAUCGGCUGUAAGAACUUUGAGGAGAGUCCAGAGAGAAAGACUCUGAUGCACUUGGCUGACGCUGCAGAAGUCAGAGUCCAGCAGCAGACGGCAGCAAAGACCAAACUGUCCUCACAGAUCUCAGACCUGCUCAUGAGGACGACGCCGGUUAUUUCAAGCGGAGGCGGGAGGCUGCCGUACACGUUCGUCACAAAGGAGGUUCUCGAAGCGACAUGCGAGUGUCUCCUGGAACAGGCCAAAAAGGCCGAACAGACUCAUCAGCCUCAGGUGGAGGCGGAGCGGAUGAUCCUGGAGGAGUUCGGACACUGCCUCAUGAGGAUCAUCAGCUCGGCGGGGAAAGCCAAAGCAGACUGUGCCUCCAUCAACUGUUGAGCAUUCCCCCCCAACCUCGAACCAAACUCGCCUCAGCUGUGGGGGCCGGGAAACCUGGAUUAUUUUGCGCCCUCUCGUCUCGGACCCCCGGGGUGUCUCUCCUGAAGGGAAACAGACUUCCCCGCCAAAAGGCAGAACAAUGGACUGAAAGUAGAUUCCCUCGCCUUUGACAGCUGGAAUAACAAACAGGGAGCAGCUGUUUGUGCUCUUCACGUCUCUAACUGAAGGACAAAUGGACAGAGAGGACGGACUCUGAUGGACCUUCUAAACUGCUCUGUUCACCUGGAUUUAAAGGACAGAUAUGACUCUUGAAGAAGGUGGCAGAAAUAUAAACAUUUCCCUAUAAGGCUGUUUUUCUCCUUCUGUUCUUCCAUUUUAUUCUUUCCUUUAUUUGCAUCUUUCAGAAAAGAAAUCCCUGUAUGUUUUUAUGUAAUUAGUAUAUUUGUGCUCACAGUAGACAAACACGUUAUCUUUUGAUAUUUAUUUUGACAAGUAUUUGUAAUCAUUGUAAGCGCUAAUAUUGUGUGGCUUAUAGUGCUUCAAAUUGUUUAAGUAUUAAUUAACCAAGCCUAGGCUCAAUUGUUUAAAUGAAAAUGAGUAGAUGCAAUCUUUAGGUUUUACCCUAAAAUCAAUUUGUAAUUUGAACACGUAUUAUGCAUUCUGCACACGCAACACUGUUCAGAAUAGAUGAAAUACAGCAAGAUUUCCUUUGGUGCUGUUUUCUGUGUAACAUUCACAUGCUUCCUGUACAUUAAAACACAAUGAAUGGGGAAAUAAGCAAGACUUUAAGUGAUGUUUGACUUUGGUGCCACAUAAGGGAGAAAUUAGGGGGGGUAUUUAAAAAUGCAAAUGACCUUUUUAAUUUUUUGUAGCAGAUAAAACACCUAAAUCAUGCUAAAUCUAUAGAAAUUAAAAGAAUGGCUCGAUUUGAUUUACUUGA